AUGAAUGAACUGGAGAAGAGGUGGGAAAGUAUGAAACUAACGGAGGAGGAAUCCAAAUGCAUUGAUCUAGACGAUGAGAUACUAGAGGAAUUGAAAAACAAGGAAGACUGUAGUCUGGUAGGGAAAGUGUGGGUGGAGAGAAGCAUUAGUAGGAUGGUGAUAGAAAACACAAUGGCAAAAGUAUGGAGAAUUAGUAGAAAAGCUCAGUUCCAGGAGGUUGGAACAAAUAUGUUUGUUAUGACUUUUGCCAACCAAGCUGACAAACUACGUAUUCUUCAAGGAAGGCCAUGGUUAUUUGAUAACCAGAUGUUUGUGAUAAUGCAGCUGAAUGGAUCUAUCCCUCCACAGAAGAUGGAUUUCAGUAGAGAAAGGAUGUGGAUUCAGUUACACAACUUACCUUUAGCAUGUAUGAAUAAGGAUAGAGGAGUGGUGAUGGGGGAGACUAUUGGUAGAGUGCUGGAAGUGGAGACUCUGGUUGAUGGAAGCGGAUGUGGGUCGUUUCUUAGAAUCCUAACAGAGUUAGAUUUAAAAAAACCAUUAGCUAGGGGAAGAACUAUUACUAUAAAAGGGCAGGUUCUCUGGAUACCUGUUAAAUACGAGAAACUUCCUCAUUUCUGCUUCAGAUGUGGGUGCAUUAUCCACGAUGAGGUAGGUUGCAGGGGAAAGGAUGGGGAGGAAAUACAGUUUGGUGCUUGGAUGAGGGCUGGAGUGAGAGCUAAGUUCCAAAAACAAGGAGAGAGUAGAUGGAGUCCAACUAGAAAUGGAGUCAGCAUAGAGAGAGGGGAAUCAGCUGCUAUAAUGAAGGUGAAGGAGGUUCCACAAGAGCAGACUGUUGAUAAGGGAGGGGUAGAGACUGACUCAGGGUUUGAACAAGGGAGAGAGAUAGGUCAAGAGACUAAAGGAAGUGAAAGGGAAGAGAGUAAUUUGGGUAGUUCACCAACAUUUAAGGGCGUGAAGGAUAUUACUAUAGAGAGUCAGGAAACUUUAAGUGAGGAAGGGAGGGAAGAAAGGAGUUCUCUGAGAGAGGAAGUUGAAAAUAGCAUUAGGGAGACGAGGGGGGGAGGAAAAACCAUAGGAGCCUGGAAGAGAAGAGCAAGAGAACAAGGUGACAAAACAAUUUCUCAUAGUGUCUCCAGCCUUUCAAAGAGAUUAUUUAGUCCAACUGUUGUAGGGAAGGAGGAGGUAAGGGGGAGGAAGAGGCAAAAAAGUACCAGUUGUGAGGUGCUUGAAGAGUCACAACUUUUGGUGGAGGCUGGUGGACAGCCCCACCAAUCAUUAUGA